UCGUCAUUUUGCGACGGCCUGUCGUCACUUCGGUCUGAGAAUUGCCGUGACGCUCGAAUGGCGGUGAAGCGCCGCUCUUCCGCUUCCGACUCGGAGUCCGACAGAGCGCAGGUGAGCUCGGGCUUCUAGCCGGAGCCUCCGACCCUCCCCGGCUCGGCGAAGGCGGCCGUGUUGACGACUUACGAGAAGCAGAGGCUGUCGAGGAUCGCGGAGAACAACAAGAGAAUGGAGGCCCUGGGCCUCCGUAAUUUGACGAGUUCCGUGAUGGGUUCAAGCUGGAAGGCGAAAAAGGGCGGCGCGAAGGGCAAAAGGAAGGUGGGUCAGGAGGAGGAGGAGGAGGACGACAAGGAUGGUGAUUACGCGCCCGCUUUGGACGAUGAUGGUGGCGAUGAUGAUCUUAGCGUCGACGAGGAGGAUGAUGAUCAGGAUUUUGAAGUAUCUGGGUCUGGUAAAAGAAAGGGAAAGAGAAAAGUGCCAAAACCGAAGAAGAAACCUCAGACCAAAAAGUUUCUGAAUAAGUUGGAUUAUGUUGAUGAUGAUGCUGAAUUGGCAAAGGCCAUUGUGCUGUCUCUGCAUGAUUCUGCUAGAGUUUCAGGAAUGGUGAGUUCAGAGCCUUCCAAAAAUGAGGCUGGUGUAGAUCUUAAUGGCAGAGUAGAAAAGACUUGGGAAAAUCCUAGAACAGUGAAGAGGAAAAAACCGUUUACCAGCCGGGUGAAGAUGACUGAGGAUGAGCUGAUUAUGCACUUCUUUCAGUUAGAUGAAGCAGGGAAGGGCGGCAUCACUGUGCAUGAUUUAGCCAAAGUAGCUGAUGCUCAUGAUUUUACAUGGACAGACAUGGAACUAGCCAACAUGAUUCACUGCUUUGAUAGCAAUGGAGAUGGAAAGCUAAGUCUUGACGAUUUCUCGGAGAUUAUCCAUCGAUGCAACAUGAUACAAGGUUCUGAAGGCUCCUGAGUGGCUAAGAGUGCUCAGUCUACCUACUGCUCUGAUUAGGAGUGAUUGAUCAAGUGGUCAUUUUACUGCCGGGUUCUGUAACAACAGCAAGAAAGGAAGCACCUAGGUAAGCGAGAGAUAGAAGCAAGAAAGUAGCUUGAUCUGCUAGCUGUUGUUAAAAUCGGAGCUUUCACAGAUAACUCACCAAAUGCUGGUUGUAUAUACUAUCUUAGACAACUGAAUUAUCUACAACUUUUACAAGCUGAUCUAUUUGAGGUUAGGAUUAACGUGACAGCAGAUUAUAGCUUGCUUAACCUUUUAUGCCAGUUGAAUUAUUUGUUGCGUUGUUCCAUAAAAAGAACAAGUACCCUAAACUGGUGCUGUCAUGAAGGUUGGGUCUUGCUGUUAUGCAUGAUUGAUUAAA